AUGUGGGUGGAAGCAGCCUCUUACAAGUCAGUAACCAAGAAAGUGGUGGCCGAUUUUGUCCGCAACAACCUGAUAUGCAGAUUUGGAGUUCCAGAGUCCAUCAUCACCGACAACGGUGCAAAUCUUAACAGUCAUCUGAUGAACGAGAUAUGUUAUCGAACGACGGUCAGAAUAUCAACUGGGGCUACUCCAUACUUGCUGGUAUAUGGAACAGAGGCAGUCGUGCCUGUUGAAGUCGAGAUACCGUCCUUAAGGAUCAUCCAAGAAGCGGAGUUAAGCAAUGCUGAGUGGGUUAGCAAACAGAUUGAUCAACUAGCUUUGAUUGAUGAGAAGAUAAUGGUCGCCGUUUGCCAUGGCCAGUUGUAUAGACAAAGAAUGACUCGCGCUUUUCACAAAAGAGUAAGAGCCAGAAAUUUUGAAGUUGGUCAGUUGGUUCUCAAGCGCAUUUUUCCUCAUCAAGACGAGUACAAAGGAAAGUUUGCGCCAAACUGGCAAGGUCCCUACAUGGUUCGUAAAGUACUAUCUGGAGGUGCUUUGGUCCUGUCCGAGAUGGAUGGCACUGUAUGGCCCAAGCCUAUCAACUCAGAUGUUGUCAAGAGAUACUACGCUUAA